CAGAGGGAUUACACACUUUACUGGAGACAACACAAGGAAUCCAACAGCAGCAGCCAUGGUGGACGCAGCGGCAGCGGAGCAGUUCCUGGACGCCAACCCGCAGUUUGCCAAGCAGUACUACGACGCGACCUUCAGGCCCAAGGUCAUCUCGGACCUGCUGGACAACAACAGGAAGCCGGUGGUGGACAUCAGCAAGUACCACGAAAUGACAGCGGUGGACGAAAGCGAGAUCCUCUUCGACCUGAUGCGGGACAUCCAGGACAACCUGCAGAUGGAGAAGUCCGUCUUCAACCUCAUGAAGCAUCUCAGCUUCAUGCUGAGGGCCGACCGCAUGAGCCUCUUCAUGUACCGGCAGAGGAACGGGGUGGCGGAGCUGGCGACCAGGUUAUUUAAUGUCCAUAAAGAUGCGAUUUUCGACGACUGCCUGGUUCAGCCUGACAGUGAGAUUGUGUACCCUCUGGAUAUGGGCAUCGUGGGUCAUGUGGCCACCAGCAAGAAGAUGGUCAACAUUCCAAAUGUGUCAGAGAACCCUCAUUUCAGUAACUUUGUGGAUGAGCUGACUGAAUACGAGACCAAGAAUGUGCUGGCCAUUCCUAUUAUGAAUGGUAAGGACAUGGUGGCGGUGAUGAUGGCGCUCAACAAGCAGGAUGGACCGAGCUUCACCGCCAAGGAUGAAGAGACUCUAAAUAAAUACCUGAACUUUGCCAACCUGGUGUUGAGAGUUUUCCACCUGAGCUACCUGCACAACUGCGAGACAAGGAGAGGCCAGGUCCUGCUGUGGUCGGCCAGCAAGGUGUUCGAGGAGCUGACGGACAUCGAGAGGCAGUUUCACAAAGCCCUGUACACAGUGAGGGCGUUCCUGAACUGCGACCGCUACUCAGUGGGCCUGCUGGACAUGACCAAGACCAAGGAGUUCUUUGACUUGUGGCCUGUCCUGAUGGGAGAAGUCGCACCUUACGAUGGACCCAAAACUCCUGACGGCAGGGAAAUUAUCUUCUAUAAAGUGAUCGACUACAUUCUGCAUGGAAAGGAAGACAUUAAAGUCAUACCGAGUCCUCCUGCAGAUCACUGGGCCCUGGUGAGCGGUUUGCCAACCUACGUCGCAGAGACUGGACUGAUUUGUAACAUCAUGAAUGCAGCACAGGAUGAAUUUUUCUCCUUUCAGAAGGAGCCUCUGGACGAGUCUGGCUGGACCAUUAAGAACGUCCUGUCACUGCCAAUCGUCAACAAGAAAGAGGAGAUCGUGGGAGUGGCCACUUUCUAUAAUAGGAAGGACGGGAAACCCUUUGAUGAAAUGGACGAAACACUGAUGGAGUCUUUGACUCAGUUCCUGGGCUGGUCGGUGCUGAACACCGACACCUACGACAAGAUGAACAAGCUGGAGAACAGGAAGGACAUCUUCCAGGACAUGGUGAUGUACCACGUCAAGUGUCGCAAGGACGAGAUCCAGAACAUUCUGGACACCAGAGAGCGGUGGGGGAAGGAGCCGGACGAGUGCGAGGAGGAGGAGCUGCAGGAAAUCCUGUCGGAGGUUCUGCCCAACUCAAAGAAAGUUGAGCUGUUAGAGUUCCACUUCUACGACUUUUACCACACUGAGCUGGAACUGGUGAAGUGCGGCAUCAAGAUGUACUACGAGCUGAAGGUGGUGGACAAGUUCCACAUCCCCAGAGAGGUCCUGGUGAGGUUCAUAUACUCCCUCAGCAAAGGCUACAGGAAGAUCACCUACCACAACUGGAGGCACGGCUUCAACGUGGGCCAGACCAUGUUCACCCUGCUGAUGACAGGCGAUCUGAAGCGUUACUACACGGACCUGGAGUGCAUGGCCAUGGUGACCGCUGGCCUCUGCCACGACAUCGACCACAGAGGAACCAACAACCUCUACCAGAUGAAGUCUGGUAAUCCUCUAGCGAAGCUUCACGGCUCCUCCAUCUUGGAAAGGCACCAUCUGGAGUUUGGCAAGACUUUACUGAGAGAAGAGUCGCUGAACAUUUAUCAGAAUCUGAACCGCCGUCAGCACGACACUGUCAUCCACCUCAUGGACAUCGCCAUCAUCGCCACCGAUCUGGCGCUCUACUUCAAGAAGAGAACGAUGUUCCAGAAGAUCGUGGAUCAGUCCAAGACCUAUGAGAACUGGAACGACUGGACCAAAUACAUGAUGCUGGAGACCACCCGCAAAGAGAUCGUCAUGGCCAUGAUGAUGACUGCCUGCGACUUGUCCGCCAUCGCCAAGCCCUGGGAGAUCCAGAGCAAGGUGGCGCUGUCUGUGGCAGCAGAGUUCUGGGAGCAGGGAGACCUGGAGCGCACGGUCCUGGAGCAGCAGCCCAUCCCCAUGAUGGACAGAAACAAGGCGGCCGAGCUGCCCAAGCUGCAGUGCGGUUUUAUCGACUUCGUCUGCGCCUUUGUGUACAAGGAGUUCAGUCGCUUCCACGUGGAGAUCACCCCCAUGCUGGACCGCCUGAUGAACAACAGGAAGGAGUGGAACGCCCUGAAGGAGGAGCACGAGGCCAAGAUGGCCGCCAUCGAGGAGGAGAAGAAGGCCAAGGAGGAGGAGGCUCAGAAGGCUGCGGCCGCCAGACAAGGUGGGGAGCUUUUUCAACCGAGCGCAGCGCAGUCGCAGUCAAAGACCUGUAACCUCAGUUAG